UGGCACUCAUUACGUAGUGCUUUUGUUUUGUGAGCGUUUUUAACACCACCCUAUGGACUUCAGGGAUUCGGCUUCAGUAGGGUGUAAACAUAUCUCUACACUACGGCGAAAAGGGAUAAUAAUUUGUCAUUGAUUACUGUGAAAGCGGACUUCACUCGUAGAAUGUAGACGGAAUGUGAUGUACAUUAAAGGGUUGGCAUUGGAUCAUUUAGCAAUGCUAUCCCAAACAUUUGUGCAACAAUGGUCGCCAGGUGAAUUGUCCAUAACCGUAUGAUAUUUCGACGAUGGCGACACCUGCAGAGCAAGACCUUGCAUUAGCUGAAGCAGAAAGCAACAAGGAGAAGUCUCAAGUAUUUGGAAUCCUUAGGUUACAGGAAGAAAAAUCGGCCGGUGAAAAAGCUAGCACCACGUCCACGACCAUGAUGGCAGGGGAUGGGAGAUGGCAGGCGCCCAUAUUUGCACUAGCCAGGAAAGCAUCGGAUACCUUUUCAGGAAGCAGCAGUCAUGUUCUGGCAAAGGUAGCGGAACCCACAUCUUUUGUAAACGAAUGGAGUGUCCAAGGUAAUUUGGAGUAAUGUGCUCAUCAUGUUUAUUUUUUAUUUUUGCAUAGAUCAACAAAGCUGUCUUGUCAUCGCGUGCCUGCUCCCAUGUUGCUACAGUAUCAAAUUCAUAUAUCGGUCAUUGUUGAUUCGUGCAACAUACAAUCAAUGUAGCAGCGUGCAUCUAUUUUUCUGCUUGCGCAUCAGAAUCAAUUUGGAGAAGGGUGUAAUUGCGGCACGUAAUCCGGGGCGUUUCUGCAUGUGGGCAUUCCUGCAUCUGCAGGAACCACUCUUUAUACUUCUAUUGGUAAAUGUUUACCCGAUGACGCCUAUAGGCGGAAGGCUGAGGUGCUCCAGUACAGUAGGUGCCGGUAAUGCACCAUAACUCUGCUUUCCCGCAGUUCUGUUAACGACGGCUAGUUAGCUAGGACUCCGGUACACAAUGAAGGAAAAACCAGCAGGAACCAAUGGGAUGCUCGAGGGUGUUCGAACCAGCUAUUGGUCAGUAGAAAAAUCACUUAACCACAAAAACACCAGAAGGUUAUCACAAUUUAACAAUAGUGUGUGAUUGCGGCCCACAAUUCGGGGCAUCUGCAGGAUAGCUGGUUCGAACCCUGCCCUAUGAGCAAAAUAAGUUGAAAUGACGUCUUUUCAAGGUCUCGUGCUCUCUGGUCGGGCUCAUAGUGUGAUCCUGAUGCGAUGCUUGCUGCAGUUACUACGGGUGACACAGACAAGCUGCAUCUUUUAUGAAGUUGGAAUUACUGGGCCUGUAAUGCAAGGAUAGAGCUCUCUCACAUGAAAAGUGGUGCGACAGAAUGACAGUCUACUGAUUCUAUGAUCUGAAGCAGAAUAGCGACAUACAGUAGUGAGUGCAUACGUUUUUUUUUUACUUGUCCCCCGUGGGAAUCAAACCCACAACUCCGGCUUUGCAAGCGCCAUGCUCUACCAACUGAGUCCCAUGUGUCUGAUUAUUUGCAUAAAUGUUAUCCCGUUAUCAGUGGCUCUGUCAACAUGGGGAGAGUGCUGAUUGAUUGCAGACAGUAAUUAAGGGGAUAGGCUAUAGUGCAGGGAUCUUUAACCUUAUCUUGCCCAGGGGACCCCCCUCACAGGCAAACCGGCGACCCAGGGACCCUCAUCAUACGUUAGCAAAACAAUUAAUUCACAUGUCUUGGCUUAUCAUAAUGGCAAGGAGAAGUAAUCAAUAUUUUAAAGUAAAUAGAUUUGGUAGAUUGUUUUUUGAAAUUAUUUUGACCAUCUCACAUUAUAAUUGGAAGAGGAAGCGUAAACUCUAACAUAGCCUAUUAGCUAGAAAGGUAACUCGAAACACAUUUUCGCUAAGAGCAACUGGUUAAACAAAGGUUAGCCAUGUGUUGGCAAAAAAUUAAUGUCCAAUUCCAGAAAGCUUACCAGCAGCCAGUGGCACUUGUCGCAAUGGUAGCCUAUUCGCAGGUGCUUUUUGAAAGCCUAUGUCAGAUACUCCAGUGAGUGUAAUUUGCUCAAUAUUAGGAGUUGAAGAAUACAUUUGACAUAAUUAGAAAUAAAAGUAUUCUAUUGUUGCGAGCGAUAUUCAUAAAAACAUUGGGGGAGAGAAAUGGUUUUAUAUAUUUUCGGGGGCCGCGGAACCCCAGUUGAAUACCCCUGUUAUAAAGCACUAGUCUGUCACUGAGGCCUAAACCCUGAAACUGUAGGCCUGCUGCCAUGUGCUUCCAUAUCUUGCUGGCUUUUCAAAUACGCAGAAGAUACUGCCCAAAGCAUCCCUGCCAGAAUCCCAUUAGUAGUGACCCAUCCCAUAGAAUUACAUAUUAGAACUCAUAUUAGAAACGUAAGAAGUAAUUUGAAUAGGAUCUCUGUGGACCCAUCCAUCUACUGAAUAUUUCCAGCUAGAGGCCAGUGCAAAACUGUUUCUGAUCAAUGUUUUUCUUCUGGUUUGAUCAGAAGUGGUGAUGAAACGCUCAUUACAGAUAUAGUUGAUCAGAAAAUGUUAUUUAUUGGCCAAGAUGAAACCCAAUACCAUGCCUACAUACAGUAUCAUGUCUGUACAACACAUAUUUACAUUUUAGUCAUUUAGCAGAGCGACUUACAGUUAGUGCAUAUUGCAGGGGAUUAUGAAAUGUGAGAUGAUGUAUCCAUGACUGUUUGUUGAAAUACUGUAAGAUGGGCGCUACAGAUGUCUACCUGCUGUAUGUAUGGGUGCACUACUAUGCAAAACAUAAUGGCACGGCUCUUUGUUGGCAUACUAUAGGUAGUUUGAAUUGACCACUCCCUAUUGUGGGUUGGUUCCCUUUCCUCUCUAGCUCUGCGGGACCCUAUGUCGAUGGAGAGAGCUAACCUGCUGAACAUGGCCAAGCUCAGCAUCAAAGGCCUGAUCGAGUCGGCCCUCAGUUUUGGGCGCACCCUGGACUCCGACUACCCCCCACUCCAGCAGUUCUUCGUUGUCAUGGAGCACUGCCUCAAACAUGGCCUCAAAGGUAUUCACUCACUCAUCAUCAUUACAAUGGUGCAGAACUAGUUGAAUCCUAUUUAUAAUAGGGACAGUAUCAUAUUAUGGACACAUUUUCAUUGCAUCAUCAUUUAUGUUAAUUACAUAAUGAAUACAUACAGCUAGCUACACACACAUAAUCACACACACAUUAUCACACUCAGCUAGCUGCACACACACAUAAUCAAACACACACAAUCACACACAUUAUCACACACACACAUUAUCACACAUACUCACACACAGCUAGCUACACACACAGCUAACAACUGCAUAAUCCCCAAUGCCUGCCGUUGGCGGGACAUGCUCAAAUAUACAAUCUCCCCUUUCCCAUUAAUUUAUUGAUAGUUAAAGGAUGCAAAUACUCAACAGUGUUGUGUAACAUUACCCAUGGCAUAAGGCUCAAUGUUUGUUUUUGCAACCCCAGUGAAGAAGUCCUUUCUUGGAUACAACAAGUCACUGUGGGGUCCUCUGGAGAUGGUGGAGAAGUUGUGUCCUGAGGCAGGAGAGAUCGCAGCCAGCGUCAGGGACCUACCAGGACUAAAGUAUGUACCAGAACAGCGAGAGCGAGGGGGAGAUUAUUGUAGCAGAAAUGUUUUGAUUAAGUGCUUGAUUCAAUCCGUAUCACCCAAGUUCAGUGCUGUAGUGCGCUUGAAAUGUACAGGUAAUUUCCGAUUGAGCCGACGGAUGCAGCAUUUACUGUGAAUGCAGUCGCCGCUAAUGCGGGAACUUUGCAUUUAAAUGUAAAUCGCGCUACAACGCUGAUGUUCUGCUCCAAGGAUUGAAUUGAGCCCUAAAAAGCCUUUACUUUCUUGGCAUUUCGUUGGAAAUAGUUAACAUGACAAACAAAGGCCAAAGCAUUACGGCAUGGUGUCAGCCUUGAUCUUUACGCCCUGAUGAAGGCUGACACCAUGCCAACGCGUUGGCCUUUGUUUGUCAUGUUUUUGUACGCCCCACAAUUCAUUUUUAACUAAGUGGUUUACCCAUCACUUUGUAUUUUCUUCUCAGACAUUUCUGUUUUAUGACCUGUGAUCAAAUUUGAUAUGUCACAUGCGCCAAGUACAACAGGCCUUACCGUGAAAUGCUUACUUACAAGCCCUUAACCAACAAUGCAGUUUUAAGAAAAUAGAGUUAAGGAAAUAUUUACUAAAUAAACUAAUGUUUAAAAAAGUAACACAAUAAAAUAACUAACUAUGCUAUAUACAGGGGGUGCCGAGUCAAUGUGCGGGGGUACAGGUUAGUCGAGGUAAUUUGUACAUGUAGGUAUGGGUAAAGUGACUAUGCAUAGAUAAUAAACAGAUGUUGGUUUUGUUUACAUUUGUUAGGCCGUAAAAGCCACUACUGUUCACUGCAAGCUGAAAGUGUACUAAAAGUGGACUCCUCUUACUGACAUGUUAAAGAGAAACUUGAGCCAGAACAGGGAAGUGUCUGAAUGUAUUGUUGUACUUUCACAUCGUUUUCUGUUUUAUUUUUUUAACGACUGAAACUCUGGUGCAGCAGAAUUUAACCUCAGAUUGCAAAGGGAACACCAUAGAAAUAAAGGGGAAGAUAUAUAUUCUAUAACCUUGGAAAGCAAGCAGACACAUUUUCCUCUGAGUGUGCUAUAAAGUUGAUGACACAGCUGGGCUGUUAAACAUUAUGGAAACAACUUGCAUGUUGAUCACAAAUCAUGCACGUCACGUCUAAUGUCAACACACAUAGACACAGUGUUCUGAUAUUUUAAUAUGACACAUCCACUAGUUAGUAUCCCCCCCCCACCCCCAUGGGCCUCUUCACUUUGAAGGUAAAUAUGUGUGUGUGUGUAUAUGUAUAUAUAUAUAUAUAUAUAUACAUACAUACAUACAUACAUACAUACAUACAUACAUACAUACAUACAUACAUACAUACAUACAUACAUACAUACAUACAUACAGUGAGGGAAAAAAGUAUUUGAUCCCCUGCUGAUUUUGUAAGUUUGCCCACUGACAAAGAAAUUAUCAGUCUAUAAUUUUAAUGGUAGGUUCAUUUGAACAGUGAGAGACAGAAUAACAACAACAAAAUCCAUAAAAACGCAUGUCAAAAAUGUUAUAAAUUGAUUUGCAUUUUAAUGAGGGAAAUAAGUAUUUGACCCCCUCUCAAUCAGAAAGAUUUCUGGCUCCCAGGUGUCUUUUAUACAGGUAACCAGCUGAUAUUAGGAGCACACUCUUAAAGGGAGUACUCCUAAUCUCAGCUUGUUACCUGUAUAAAAGACACCUGUCCACAGAAGCAAUCAAUCAAUCAGAUUCCAAACUCUCCACCAUGGCCAAGACCAAAGAGCUCUCCAAGGAUGUCAGGGACAAGAUUGUAGACCUACACAAGGCUGGAAUGGGCUACAAGACCAUCGCCAAGCAGCUUGGUGAGAAGGUGACAACAGUUGGUGCGAUUAUUCGCAAAUGGAAGAAACACAAAAUAACUGUCCAUUUCCUUCGGCCUGGGGCUCCAUGCAAGAUCUCACCUCGUGGAGUUGCAAUGAUCAUGAGAACGGCGAGGAAUCAGCCCAGAACUACACGGGAGGAUCUUGUCAAUGAUCUCAAGGCAGCUGGGACCAUAGUCACCAAGAAAACAAUUGGUAACACUACGCCGUGAAGGACUGAAAUCCUGCAGCGCCUGCAAGGUCCCCCUGCUCAAGAAAGCACAUAUACAGGCCCGUCUGAAGUUUGCCAAUGAACAUCUGAAUGAUUCAGAGGAGAACUGGGUGACAGUGUUGUGGUCAGAUGAGACCAAAAUGGAGCUCUUUGGUAUCAACUCAACUCGCCGUGUUUGGAGGAGGAGGAAUGCUGCCUAUGACCCCAAGAACACCAUCCCCACCGUCAAACAUGGAGGUGGAAACAUUAUGCUUUGGGGGUGUUUUUCUGCUAAGGGGACAGGACAACUUCACUGCAUCAAAGGGACGAUGGACGGGCCAUGUACCAUCAAAUCUUGGGUGAGAACCUCCUUCCCUCAGCCAGGGCAUUGAAAAUGGGUCGUGGAUGGGUAUUCCAGCAUGACAAUGACCCAAAACACACGGCCAAGGCAACAAAGGAGUGGCUCAAGAAGAAGCACAUUAAGGUCCUGGAGUGGCCUAGCCAGUCUCCAGAUCUUAAUCCCAUAGAAAAUCUGUGGAGGGAGCUGAUGGUUCGAGUUGCCAAACGUCAGGCUCGAAACCUUAAUGACUUGGAGAAGAUCUGCAUAGAGGAGUGGGACAAAAUCCCUCCUGAGAUGUGUGCAAACCUGGUGGCCAACUACAAGAAACGUCUGACCUCUGAUUGCCAACAAGGGUUUUGCCACCAUGUACUAAGUCAUGUUUUGCAGAGGGGUCAAAUACUUAUUUCCCUCAUUAAAAUGCAAAUACAUUUAUAAAAUGUUUGACAUGCGUUUUUCCUGGAUUUUUGUUGUUGUUUUUCUGUCUCUCACUGUUCAAAUAAACCUACCAUUAAAAUUAUAGACUGAUCAUGUCUUUGUCAGUGGGCAAACGUACAAAAUCAGCAGGGGAUCAAAUACUUUUUUCCUUCACUAUAUAUAUAUAUAUAUACAGUGGGGGGAAAAAAGUAUUUAGUCAGCCACCAAUUGUGCAAGUUCUCCCACAUAAAAAGAUGAGAGAGGCCUGUAAUUUUCAUCAUAGGUACACGUCAACUAUGACAGACAAAUUGAGAGAAAAAAAAAUCCAGAAAAUCACAUUGUAGGAUUUUUAAUGAAUUUAUUUGCAAAUUAUGGUGGAAAAUAAGUAGUUGGUCACCUACAAUCAAGCAAGAUUUCUGUCUCCCACAGACCUGUAACUUCUUCUUUAAGAGGCUCCUCUGUCGUCCACUCGUUACCUGUAUUAAUGGCACCUGUUUGAACUUGUUAUCAGUAUAAAAGACACCUGUCCACAACCUCAAACAGUCACACUCCAAACUCCACUAUGGCCAAGACCAAAGAGCUGUCAAAGGACACCAGAAACAAAAUUGUAGACCUGCACCAGGCUGGGAAGACUGAAUCUGCAAUAGGUAAGCAGCUUGGUUUGAAGAAAUCAACUGUGGGAGCAAUUAUUAGGAAAUGGAAGACAUACAAGACCACUGAUAAUCUCCCUCGAUCUGGGGCUCCACGCAAGAUCUCACCCCGUGGGGUCAAAAUGAUCACAAGAACGGUGAGCAAAAAUCCCAGAACCACACGGGGGGACCUAGUGAAUGACCUGCAGAGACCUGGGACCAAAGUAACAAAGCCUACCAUCAGUAACACACUACGCCGCCAGGGACUCAAAUCCUGCAGUGCCAGACGUGUCCCCCUGCUUAAGCCAGUACAUGUCCAGGCCCGUCUGAAGUUUGCUAGAGUGCAUUUGGAUGAUACAGAAGAGGAUUGGGAGAAUGUCAUAUGGUCAGAUGAAACCAAAAUAGAACUUUUUGGUAAUAACUCAACUCGUCGUGUUUGGAGGACAAAGAAUGCUGAGUUGCAUCCAAAGAACACCAUACCUACUGUGAAGCAUGGGGGUGGAAACAUCAUGCUUUGGGGCUGUUUUUCUGCAAAGGGACCAGGACGACUGAUCCGUGUAAAGGAAAGAAUGAAUGGGGCCAUGUAUCGUGAGAUUUUGAGUGAAAACCUCCUUCCAUCAGCAAGGGCAUUGAAGAUGAAACGUGGCUGGGUCUUUCAGCAUGACAAUGAUCCCAAACACACCACCCGGGCAACGAAGGAGUGGCUUCGUAAGAAGCAUUUCAAGGUCCUGGAGUGGACUAGCCAGUCUCCAGAUCUCAACCCCAUAGAAAAUCUUUGGAGGGAGUUGAAAGUCUGUGUUGCCCAGCGACAGCCCCAAAACAUCACUGCUCUAGAGGAGAUCUGUAUGGAGGAAUGGGCCAAAAUACCAGCAACUGUGUGAAAACCUUGUGAAGACUUACAGAAAACAUUUGACCUGUGUCAUUGCCAACAAAGGGUAUAUAACAAAGUAUUGAGAAACUUUUGUUAUUGACCAAAUACUUAUUUUCCACCAUAAUUUGCAAAUACAUUCAUUAAAAAUCCUACAAUGUGAUUUUCAGGAUUUUUUUCUUCUCAUUUUGUCUGUCAUAGUUGACGUGUACCUAUGAUGAAAAUUACAGGCCUCUCAUCUUUUUAUGUGGGAGAACUUGCACAAUUGGUGGCUGACUAAAUACUUUUUUUCCCCACUGUAUAUGAAUAUGAAUGAUUGUUGGACUAAUACCUGUAGUUUGUGCGCUGUUGUUGUAGGACUCCGCUGGGCAGAGCUCGGGCCUGGCUGCGUCUGGCCCUGAUGCAGAAGAGGCUGGCUGAUUACCUCCGCCUUCUGAUCACCAGAAAGGACCUGCUGAGGUACUGGAAGAGCCCCCAGUCUCAAUUCACUCACACUGUUUCACCUCCAAUCAAACCCCUUGGGCUGGCAGACAGGGAGGCUCCUCAGUGUUCGUUCACCAUCUGCCUCUCAGCAGGCUAGACGCUAAUACCUUCAGAUGGGUAAAGGAGGUGUCAAAGUCUCAUGCGAUUUUCUAUAAAGAUAUACUGUUAGAAUAAACAGUAAUUAUGUCUUUGCGAUUUAAUGUGAAAUAUGUUUCUCUGUGUGUACCCACAGUGAUUUCUAUGACAACUCUGCUGUGAUGGUAGAGGAGGAGGGUGCUGUCAUCGUUGGCCUGCUUGUGGGACUCAAUGUGAUCGAUGCCAACCUGUGUGUCAAGGGUGAGGACCUGGAUACACAGGUGACUCAACACCCCUCCUUACUUCAGUCAUUGUUCUAAAAUUCACCAUGACAGCCUUUAAAUUAGGCAAUUGAGAGGACACUGUUAUUCAGGGUCCUACCUGCUGACACAGGAUGGGUGUUCCUUUCACCUCAUGGAGAUUACUCGUCUCAUCCCAACAAACUAGUAUCUGCAAGAACUGUUACAGUGCAAACAUGAUCAUCUACAAACUGUUCAGCUGUGCUUCUAAUCUGCUCAGAUUGUAGUAGCGGACAUUUUAUAGUGUAAUUAUCUCAGCCCAACUUGAAGGAAUAUACUGAUCACAGUCUAUGCAGACAUUUUUAAAAUACUGGUUUAUGUGAUAUUUAAAAUUUCUUAGGUUGGGGUCAUUGACUUCUCAAUGUACUUGAAAAAUGACAUUGAUGACUACAGAAGUGGAGAAAGGUAAAGUAGAUACUCUUGUUACUUUAAUGCAGUGGUAUUGAAACUUUUUCAACGGGUACUCCAUUUUUUCCCGGCAGAAGUUCUGGGGACCCCACCCCAAAUCCUCAAUGACACAACCUUAAAAUGUGUGUGUGUGUAGAUAUCCAUCUAUCCAUCUAUCUCUGCUUUAAUGAGAUGGAAUAUACCCAUUAAAAUAUACUGUAUCUACUACUAGACAUUAUUUGUCUUGGAUAAGCUGAGAAGGUUAAUAGUAUGCUUGAAACGUUUGAACAUAAAUGUUGACUACUUUACUGAUUUCUCUUAAUUGAUUUGUUUUCCCAAUAGAAAUGGUCAAAUAGCAGCCAUCCUAGACCAGAAGAACUAUGUUGAAGAAUUAAAUAGGCAGCUUAAGUAAGUAUUUGUAUAUUUUUCUUUACCAUACUGUAUCAUUGUGAUAUUUUUUUUUGUGUGUGAAAAUUGCUCAACCAUGUGUUUCAGCUGAUAAAGCUCUUAUUUAGGCCAAGUCAUUGGCACUGGUUACGCACAUACAGAUGUCUCUUCUGGUCUAUUGUCUUACUUUUUGUAUUGUCUUACGUUCAUUGCACAACCUCCACCACUACAGAACUCAAGCUCACUAGUUCAACGGCAGGAAAUGGAAUUCUAAAAGACAAUGAAAGGACUAUUCAUGUUCAUUUGUGAGGAUGUUUAAGUCUGGUUGAACAUGCAAUAGACUCACUUGAAGCAGUGUGUUUCUUCAAAUGUCUGUUGGUAGAGAAUAAAUAUGAAAUGGCACUAAAUUAGCACUUGUUUCUUUGACACAGUUCUUCAGUACACGGCUUACAAGGGAGGGUCGAUAACUUGGAGAAAUCAAACUCUAAACUCAUUGAGGAGGUAUGGCAGUCUCUUAUUAGUACUGUACUAACAUUCUGAAUCAUUUACCAUUUUAUACAUCUGAUUUGGUGUUCAUUUGAACCUCUUCAUUGUAGCUGGCGAUUGCAAAAAAUAACAUAAUCAAACUACAAGAGGAGAACCAUCAGCUUAGAAAUGAUAACACUAUUGUUCUCAUGAAAGCUCAGCAGCAACUUGAGGUAUGCCUUUUACAAUGUGCUGCUCUCUGUCUUGGUCAGUCAGACUUAAACAUGUUCCUCAUUUGUAGUGUUUGUGGUCUAAGGACAUGUGGGUCUGGUCUAAUCCAUGAAUGUCUCCUCUGUUGUGUCACUGUCAGGUGACCCAGGUUGACGUGGAUGUGGAGCUGGACACCUAUAAGCAGUCAAGGCAGGGCCUUGACGAGAUGUACAACGAGGCCAGGAGACAGCUCAGGGAGGAGUGUCAACUACGCCAGGUCAGUUGUCAUCCAGCGUUUCCCCUUGAUACUUUUUCUAGGUGGAGCACAUUUUCAGUUGAAACCAAUUGAAGCCAAAAAAAUUUUUGUGGGGGGUGUGGUGGGGGUGCAGAGAGAACAGCUACAGUAGAAAGUGGACCUGCCUCACCUAUACAAUAGUAGAGGCAACACUGCCAACAUAAGCCAACUCAGAAUUCAGCUGCUGUCCUUGUGCCCCACUGUAGGAUGUGGAGAAUGAGUUGGUGGUGCAGGUGAGCAUGAAGCAGGAGAUGGAUCUGGCCAUGAAACUGUUGGAGAAGGACAUUCACGAAAAACAGGACACACUGAUCGGCCUGCGCCACCAGCUGGAUGAAGUCAAGGCCAUCAACGUGGAAAUGUACACAAAGAUGCAGGUACUGUGGAGCUUUUUGUUUGGCACAUUUUGCUGGUCCUUUUGUGCAUAGAGUAGGCUAUAUUGUUUGUUACAGUGCCUUCAGACAGUAUUCAUACCCCUUGACUUAUUCCACACAAUACCCCAUAAUGACAAAGUGAACACGUUUUUAGAAAUUUGUGCAAAUUUAUUGAGAAUUAAAUACAGAAAUAUCUAAUUUACAUAAGUAUUCACACCCCUGAGUCAGUACUUUUAUAGAAGCACCUUUGGCAGUGAUUACUGCUGUGAGUCUUUCUGGGUAAGUCUCUAAGAGAUCUCCACACCUGGAUUGUGCAACAUUUACCCAUUUUAUUAUUUUCCUAAUUCUUCAAGCUCUGUGAAAUUGGUUGCUGAACAUUGCUAGACAACCAUUUUCAGGUCUUGCCAUAGAUUUUCAAGUAUAUUUAAGUCAAAACUCGGCCACUCUGGAACAUUCACUGUCUUCUUGGUAAACAACUCCGUUGUAGAUAUUUGGUCUUGUGUUUUAGGUUAUUGUCCUUCUGAAAGUUGAAUUCAUCUCCCAGUGUGCUGGAAAGCAGACUGAACCAGGUUUUCCUCUAGAAUUUAGCCUGUUCUUAGCUCCAUUAUGUUUCAUUUUUUAUCCUGUAAAACUCCCCAGUCCUUAACGAUUACAAGCAUACCCAUAACAUGAUGGAGCCACCACUAUGGUUGAAAAUAUGGAGAGUGGUACUCAGUAAUGUGUUAUAUUGUAUUUGCCCCAAACAUAACACUUUAUAUUCAGAAUGAAAAGUUAAUUACUUUGCCACAUUUUUUGCAGUAUUACUUUAGUGCCUUGUUGCAAACAGGAUGCAUGUUUUGGAAUAAUUUUAUUCUGUACAGGCUUCCUUCUUUUCACUCUGUCAAUUAGGUUAGUAUUGUAGAGUUUUCUCCUAUCACAGCCAAUAAACCGUUUUAAAGUUACCAUUGGCCACAUGGUAAAAUCCCUGAGUGGAUUCCUUCCUCUCCGGCAACUGAGUUAAGAAGGACGCCUGUAUAGUUGUGGUGACUGGGUGUAUUGAUACACCAUCCAAAGUGUAAUUAACAACUUCACCAUGCUCAAAGGGAUAGUCAAUGUCUGCUUUUUUAUUUUUACCCAUUUACCAAUAGGUGACUCAACCAAUAUUGACUCAAGACAUUUCAGGAUUUCAUUUUUAAUUAAUUUGUAAAUAUAUUUUUCCACUUUGACAUUAUGGGGUAUUGUGUGUAGGCCAGUGAAAAUCUCAAUUUAAUCCAUUUUAGAUUCAGGCUGUAACACAACAAAAUGUGGAAAACAUCAAGGGGGGUGUGAAUAUUUUCUGAAGGUAGGUUAUUUUCCAGUAACUAUACUGAUCUGAGGGCUUUCUUGUGUUGUCAAACAGACUUCUGAUGACGGCAUGAAACAGAAGAACGAUAUGAUCACUCGUUUGGAGGAGAAGACCAAUCAAAUCACAGCAACCAUGAAACAGCUGGAGCAAAGGUAAGGGUGUUGACUUAAAGAUCCUCUUAAAUCAAUUGCAAUUAAUAUUUAAGGCCCGGUUUCCCAGAAACAGAUUAAGCCUAGCCCUGGACUAAAAAGUAUUUUCAGUGGAGAUGAAAUGCUUAAUCUGUGUGCAGGAAACCAGACAAUAAUGUGGCAUGCAAAGUAUUUCCUCUUUUUGCAUGUAGGUGUAUUUUUAUAAAUGUAUGUUUUACCAUAUUGCAAAUCAUUUUGGAGCAUUGACUUGGCUGUAGUCUGGUUGUGUUGUGACACGACCAUAGCUUCAUCAUGUCUCAGUCAACACGGACCAUCCCUCCCUUUGUCUGCCAUUGGUUUGCCAUCUUCUUUGUGACAUCUUUAUGAGAAUGCUUUGCUUAACAAUUUCUUAAGGUUUUUGGUAAAAUGGAGGUUCACUGAUAUUGACAUCCUCUUUCCCUUUUGGCUUUCCUUCUUGCCUUUAUUGCUUCCAUCUUUUACCCUCACACUUUUCAUUUCUACAUCGGUACACCUCUUUCUAUCGUCCUGUAUUCCUUUUUUCCCCUCAUCACCUACUUGAUCUCAAUAGUGAUAAAGAUUUGCUAAGCCAGACACGCACACUCGCCAUGUCAUUUGUAAAAUGUGCCAGCACAGACACUGAGAACCAAUACAAGCUUGUUAAAGACAUCUCUUUCUGAGCUUUUAAACACAACCACUAACUCUCAGCAAACACUAGGCAGGGGAUUUGUUCAUAUGCAGUAUCGUAAAGUAACAGUUCAUUGGUAUUUGUAUCAGUCUAAUGUUAAGAUAAGCUUCUUUCACAAAAGGAUGUUUUGUAGUGCAUCCCAUUAUUGUGGCACUGUAAUAACUAAUACACUCAAACAUAUCUGUAAGAGCAAAUACUGUACUCAUAGCCAAUAAAAAGUAUAACAAUUGUUUGUCACAUGAAACAAUAAAGUUAAAUGUUUUGAAAUUGUGGUCGUGGAAUGACACCAUUACAUUUGUCUGAGUGUAGUGAACACACCAAAUCUUCAGCUCCCUGAGUGUGUUCAUAGAAAUGUUACAAACUGGCCUGCCACUGUCUGGGCAACUUCCCUCCAAAGGGGCCUGCCACUGUCUGGGCAACUUCCCUCCAAAGGGGCCUGCCACUGUCUGGGCAUCUUCCCUCCAAAGGGGCCUGCCUGCCUGUAGGUGUUUGGUCUUCCCUUUUUUCUUUCGCCAGUUUGUCCCAUUGCAUCCCAACCCCCUGCAACCCCUUUUUUUUCUUUGUGAUUGGAGCCUCAGUUUUACCCAGUUGGUUUGAAUUACACCAGAUUACAAGAGGCAGAGCAAGACCGCUGGACUGCAGAAGAUGGAGCGCGCAAAUUCAAGCACGACUUUGCCAACAAAGCUGAUAGCCUCCAAAAGCAGAUCGCCCAGAGAGAGAAGCAAAUGUAAGUACACAUACAUACUGUAUAUUUACAGCAGCUCUUAGCACUUAUUCCUAUAUACAAUAAAUAUAAACUGUAAUAUGGCUGUAAUCCGGGAUUUUGUUCCUGUUUUAGGCUGCAGCUGGAGACAGACCUAAAGAUUGAGAAGGAGUGGCGGCAGACCUUACAGAACGACCUGGAGAGGGAACGAGACAUCGUUGCCCAGCUCAGUGCUGAAGCCCAGCAAAUAAAUGGACUUAAAAAGGUUUGAGGGUUCCUCGUGGGGCUUAUUGUGGUAUUAAGAAGUAUUAUGUUCAACAUAUUUUCUGUUGUGUCAUGAGUGUAGAGUAUAUUUAUACACACAGUGGAUUGAUGUAUUUGACAUGUUUUUCUCCAGGAGUUCCACAGGCUGCAGGAUGAGAACAGCCAGCUGAAGGGGAUUUGUGAAGAACAGGAGCAGGCCCUGGAGGAACUGGGCUGCAAACUUAGCGAGUACUUGUCUAUUUUAAACUCAUUUGAUAUAUGUUUUUAUCUAACACUGUCUCUUUCAAAUAGGAAUGCAGCCUCUUACCCCCAUCAGUUACAGCAAUCUCAACGUACCUUUUAAGAUAAAAGUGGAAAGGCUGUAUCAGAAGCAACAGUAUUUUAUGUUGUGGAGGGGCUAUAAUCACAUACAUGAUCUCCUUACAUUCCUCUUGGCCUUUAGUUAGUGCACUUACUGUUGUAAAGUUCCGUUAAGGAUUUUGUCAUGAAUAAUAUGAGACAUGUACUCAGUUAACUGAUGUCUGGCUUUUCUUAAUUCUUCAUGCAGAUCAAAACUUAAAAUCGAAGACAUAAAAGAGGCAAAUAAAGCUCUUCAGGUAAGUGUCUUGAGUUCUACAUCAUUAUUAUAAUAAUAAUAAUAAUAUGCCUUUUAGCAGACGCUUUUAUCCAAAGCGACUUACAUUCAAAUGAAAGUUCAGUCCAAUCAGUACAUUUUCUUAUGAAAACAACUUAAUUUAAAUGUCUGAAUUUGUUUCGUUUUUUACUUUUGGAUUAUGUGUGUAUUGUAUUGCUAGAUGUUGCUGCACUGUUGGAGCUAGAAACAUAAGCAUUCCGCUGCACCUGUUAUAACAUCUGCAAAACUGUGUAUGUGACCAAUAAACGUUGAUUUAAUUUGAACUGAACUACUAACAAGCAUGUUGACAUUUGCCAGUGCUGUUCCAUGAGUGUCCUAUCUAACAAUCAAAUAUUCCAGGGAGGGCAGGUCUGGCUGAAUGACAAAGAUGCUACCCACUGUAAACUUUGUGAGAAGGAGUUCUCCAUCUCUAGGAGAAAGGUUAGGAUGAACUCAUUACAUUUUCCGUCUGAAAUUAAUUGGGACAGUGCUGAAACAGCAAUCAACACAAUGUGACAUAUUUACAAGAAUGGCAACUAUGUAAACCAUAACACCUUCUCCUUGGGGUAUACUUCUUGUCUAGAUAAGCUGAUGUGUUUUCCAUGUCUCAUUUCUCUAGCACCACUGUAGAAACUGUGGGGAGAUCUUCUGCAAUGCCUGCUCUGACAACGAGCUGCCCCUCCCUGCCUCGCCAAAACCAGUGAGGGUCUGUGAUACGUGCCACGCCCUUCUCCUCCAACGCUGCUCCUCCAAUGCCACAUGA